UUUUGAGAGAACCUGAGCAGACAGACAGGACCGUGACUUCGACUAUUUGGCCACAACCAUGCCCUUGCAAAUUUUAUUGACCCCAAACUUAAAUUACAAGUUCCUCUGGCGCCUAAAUUUCCAUACAGCGGCUAAUCACGAAUGCAUUAUUCAAUGCAAUUUGCAUUUUCUGGCGAGUCAGAAACGUCAACCGCGACAGCUGAUAAACAAACCCGGCGACUAGGUCCUUGUAAUGCUCGACAUUCUCGCGUAAAACUGGUCCUUUCACGAACGCAGGUCAUCCCCAUCGAAAGAUAGACCAUGAGACUGAAGCGUCUGCUUAAGUACGCAGCCCUGUUGGCACUUUGCACGAUUUGCUACUUUGACACUCUCCGUGGUGACUACGUUUUCGAUGAUACUGUGGCGAUCGUGAAGAAUAACGAUGUCACGAACCCGGCGGCCAGCCUGUACGAGAUAUUCACGCACGACUUCUGGGGAUACAACAUCACGGAUCCGACGAGCCACAAGUCCUAUCGGCCGCUGACCAUUCUCAUGUUCCACUAUGAGCGCAACGUGCUGGGCUUCGGGAGCUACGAAAUGAAAUUAGUGAAUUUCCUUAUUCACUGCCUAAAUACUUGUUUGGUGUUCAAAUUCUACAAUGCCUUGACCUCGGUGCGGAGUAUUUCGUUUGUGGGGGCGGUGAUCUUCGCCGUCCACCCGGUUCACACAGAAGCCAUUUGUGGAGUAGUUGGUCGCGCGGAAUUGAUGUUCUGCUUAUGUUAUUUGCUGGCGUUGAUCCUCUUUUCGGAGAUAAGCUUUGGAAAGCGAUCAAAUGUGGCACUAAUUCCGGUUUAUGUGAUGAUUGUGGCGCUUGCGGUUGUAGGACUUCUUUUCAAGGAGAAUGCCAUAACCAUAUUGCCUGCGUUAAUCGCCUUUGACGUGACGAUAAGGACAGAUUUGCUACGUAAUAUUGAAGCACGAUUUCGGGUUCGACGAGUUGUAUUUUCAAGAUUUGGAAUACUAACAACGUUAACAGCAUUAUUAUUGGUUGGCCGAUUGUACAUUCAAGAAUUUGAAAGUCCCAAAUUUAAGCCUAUGGACAAUCCUAUCGCAGCCAGUUCCAAUUUCGUCACAAAGAUUUUAUCACAAAAUUUUCUUUACACCUUAAAUGCUUGGAUUUUACUCUGUCCUGACUGGUUAAGUUUCGAUUGGGCGUUAGGAUGUGUUAAACUGAUGGAAUCCUUUUUAGAUUCUAGAAUUUUAGGAGUAUUUGCGUUGUAUCUAAUAUUUCAUAGUCUUAUGAUAAAAGGCUCGAGGUUGGUUCUGCUAUCAUUAGCAUUACUCAUCGUUCCUUUCUUGCCAGCCUGCGGAUUUAUAAGAGUAGGUUUCGUAAUUGCCGAACGUAUCCUUUACGUUCCAUCAAUAGGAAUUUCGUUACUGGUUGCCGUUGGAUUUUCAACUUUAGUCGAAAGAUAUUAUAAACUGAAAUAUGUUCUAGGAUUUUUGUUAGUCGCCCUAGUUUGCAUAUAUAUUUUGAGGACUCGACAUCGAGCCGGCGAGUGGACUAGUGAGGAGAAAUUAUUUUCAUCCGCGUUGAGGGUAUGCCCAGAGAACGCAAAGGUUCAUUACAACAUUGCAAAAGUUGCAGCUGAUAAGGGUCAAAACAAAAAAGCAUUCAAACAUUACCACAAUGCAAUUAGGCUCUAUCCCAAAUACGAAUCGGCUCUAAUGAAUCUUGGGAAUUUGUAUCGCAAUAUUGGUGAUUUAGACACAGCUGAGAAAUACUUAAAAGAGUCAAUCGAAGUUUUGGAGGAGUUUCCCGCUGCUUGGAUGAACUUGGGUAUAGUGCAAACUGCUCAGCAUAAAUACGAUGAUGCAUUGGAAAGCUAUCACACCGCUCUCCAGUAUCGACCGAGAUAUUCAACAUGUUUAUAUAAUCUUGGAAAUUUGUAUUUGGAUACAAAAAAUUACUCAAUGGCACUAAAAUACUGGCAAGAAUCUGUGGCAAUUAACCCAACACAAGGGAAAGCUUGGGCUAAUAUGUUGAAUCUUUUGGAUAAUAAAGCACUUUACGAGGACGUCUUGCUGGUAUCGGAGAGAGCAUUGAAAUAUGUUCCCACAGAUACGAAUGUACUUUUCAUUCGUGCAAAUGUUCUUGGGAAGUUGAAGAAAUACAUCGAAGCGGAACAGGUGUAUCAGAGGAUUUUGGAAUUAAAUCCAAAGUAUGCUCUGUAUCACGUUAAUUUGGGUGUUCUCUACCAUCGAUGGGGUAAACGAGACUUAGCCGUUGCCAGCUAUCGUAACGCUCUCAAAAUCGACCCUUCCCUAAAAAGUGCCAAAGACAACUUACAGAAAUUAAUAAUGUAUCCCAACAGCAAUAACUGAAACGUGAAUACCUUCCUACCGAGUCACAUCUUAAUUGUGAUUUUCACAGCCAUUACAUGUGUUUUACAUUCCGAUGUAUGUUUCAUGCUCUCUGCACUAAAAGUUUGCAAUGGAUUUUUCUGGCGAUUGAUUGCAUUUAAUAUAUCAAUAAGUGUUCUCAUCACUUUGUUGUGUAAAAUUCUACUGUAUUCACUGCAUAGAGUUUUUAUCACGCUUCUUAACUGUAUAAUACUCAAAAUUUUUGGCAUUUAAUUAUGGUUAAUGUUUUUGAUUAUAUAAAUGUUGUGUGUAUUCCAAUAUAAAUGAUUGUAAAGUGGUAAAGUGGACAUUUUCUAGAUAAAUUUAACUGUAUCAGUUAUAAGUAUAAGAAACGGUUGUGAUCACUAUACGCGUUUGAAGAGAAGAGUAAUAAAAUUGUAUUCAAACCUAC